UGAGCGGCGCAGCCCUGCCGGAAGCGCUCGCGCCGGGCCCACGGGAGAGCCGGGCCCCUCAUGUCUCAGCCGCCGCUGCCCUUCGCCGCCCGCUUUGCGGGGCCGCCGCCGCCCCCCCAGUACCGCUGCUUCCCCCCGCCGGGGGGGCUGUUCGCGCCUUCCCCCGCCGCGGGCCCCUUCCCGGGAGCCCAGCCCCCGCCGCCCUUCCUGCCGCCCCCGCCGGGGGCCCCCGAGCUGCCCCCCGCCCACCGUCCCCCCCUCUCCGCGGGGGGCGGUGGCCCCUACUUCCCCGCCCCCGGGGGAGGCUGCGGCCCGGCUCCGCUCGGCCGGGAGGCGGCCCCGCGGCUCCUGUUCCCGGCCCCGGGGCCGCCGGCCUGGCCGCCGCGCCCGCCGCCGCCGCCGUGGGGCGAGGGCAGCGCCGAGCCGCGGGGGGAGGCGGCCGAGGGGGAGGCCGCCCUGAGGCAGCGCGAUGAGCUCUGGCUGGCCCAGUUCCUGGCCCAGAGGAGGCCCCGGCCCCGCGGCUUCCCCCCGCCCCCGCCGGGCGCCCCGAGCCUCAGCCAGGCCCGGCAGCUGGCGGCGGGGGCCCUGGGGCCGGUGGCCCAGCUCGCCGGCCUGUGCCGCGCCAUGCGGCAGCAGGAGGCCGCCGGGGACGAGGCGGGCUGGGCCCAGGCCCAGGCCCGGGCCCGCGCCCUGCUGAGCGAGCUGCAGGAGCGGGUGCGGCCCCUGCGGGAGCCCGGCUACCUGGGCGAGCUGCGGCGCAAGGCGGAGAAGGCGCGGAAGCGGCGGCUGCGCCUCCACAAGAGGAAGCAGGAGGCCGAGGCGGCGCGGGAGGAGGAGGCGGCCCGGGCGGCGGAAAGGGAGGCCAGGAUCGACCAGUGGCGAGCCAAGAACGUGAACUUAAAGCUGCAGCAGACAGUGUCUUAUCUGAAGUAAGGAAAAAACAGGCAGACACAAAGAGAAUGGUGGACAUCCUGCGUGCUUUAGAAAAGCUUCGAAAACUGAGAAAAGAGGCAGCAGGAAGAAAAGGUGUUUGUCCUCCACCCUCAGCAGAUGAAGACUUUGAACAUCACAUACAGAGGCUGAGGACACUGAUCAGAAAACGCUCUGAACUGUAUGAAGCUGAAGAGAGAGCAUUAAGAGUUAUGUUAGAAGGAGAACA